CUGAAGAUGUAAAGCCACCAGCUUUCAUUUUUGAUUAUUAAAAAAGCUUUUCAAAAUAAAAGUACAAUCAAAUGUUUGAAUAUUGAACUACAAUAAAGUACAAAACUUAAAAAAAAAACAACAGUCCAGCUGCUCCCAGCUUUGUGGAGAAAGCAGCUCGGGGCCCUGAAGCCGGAUCUGUGUGUCAUCAGUCGGUCAGUGGCUGUGGCCACGUGUGUCCCCCUAAAUGUUCAAAGCAUGGAGCCGCUCCCCUAAAAUGGCCAAGGUGAGUGCCUAGACCCUUUGUGUGCAUGGGGAGAAUGUUCAAUUCAACUCAAUUCUCCAUUCAAUCAACAUCCAUUCUGUCCCCCUUGGGUGUCAGAAAAGACAAGAACAGAACUUGUCCUCGAGGUGCUUUCAUUGUACUCAGAAGAGCAAAUCAGUGCUGAAAAUUGGACACCAGAUGGCCCCAAAUCACUGCAAGUUCCAGGGGGAGGGGGAGAACCAACAAGUGGGGCUCCCCGAAGGCAGGUGCACUUGAAGAGAGUAAAGGGUCCUCUGCUGGGUCCAAGAGACAAGGAGAGGGAGAACGUUCCAAUUGAACAGUGGGGUCAGAAGGUUUGAUGGAUCCCGUGACGACAUAGCUCCUCCUAAAGCAUUGCCAAGGCCUAGGCCGGGAAAGGAAAGCUACUUGGAUUGGCUGAGAGAAAGGCGUUCAUAUAAAACCAUUCACUAGCCUGGAAUUGGAGAUCCAAGAGAGUGGCACGCCAGGAGGCAGCACUGUAGCCAACGCCGCGGCGAGACGCCUGGAAGAUUCUGGAUUUGCCAUUUUUCCCAGUGAGGCUGCCAGGUGGCUCCGUGGGUAGAACGCCAGGCCUGGAGUCAGGAAGACGAGUUCAAUCCAGUCUCAUGUACUUCCUAGCUAUAUGACCCUGGACAAGUCACUUGACCUCUAAUUGCCUUGACCCACUGGAGAAGGGCCUGGCAAAGCACGGACAGUGUGGUCCGUGGGCUCGUGAACACUCAGUUGCGACUGAACAACAUCUUCCCGUCGGUGUCCCACAGGCAUCGCCAGCCUGGCUGACCUGGGAGAUGGAGGAAGUGGGCAAAGCCCAUUGAAGGCUCCCCAAAGAACAGCUGCACCACAGUGGGAGCACCCCUAAGCACAGGUUUGUGCUGGACCCUCACGACGCCUCUGCCUGGCACGUUAGCUGUUGUCAGUCAGUCUUUUCAUCGCCUCUGAGUCUUCAUGAAUCCAUUUGGGAUUUUCUUGGCAGAGACCCUGCAGUGGUUUGCCAUUUCCUUCCCUGGAUCAUUUUACAGAUGAAGAAACUGAGGCCGACAUGGGGAAAUGCCUUGCCCGGGAUCACACAACUAGGAAUUGCUUGAGGCUGAAUUGGAACUCGGGUCUUCCUGACUCCAAGCUUGGUGCUUUAUCCACUACGAUGUCCCCUAGCUGCCCCAUCAGUCAGUUAACAGGCAUGUCUUAAGCACCUCCUACGUGCUGGGCACUGGGCCGGGGGAUGGAGAUAGGAAGGCAGAAGGGCAGGGUCCUUGCUCUCAGGGAGCCUCCUCUGAUGGGGGUUGAUGGCACGUGUGUCUGGGCUCCGGACUUCCACGCUGCUCUCUGGCUCCCUGUGCCCCCAUCGGGUCCCCCCCAGGGCAGGGGCUUCCACUUCAGCUCCAGCGGGCAGCACUGGGCUCCCAUUCUCCGGCCCUGCAACACUGAGGCGUGGGACCCGCUGCAGGCCUGCAGAGCCCUGUCCAUGGUCGGAUCUCCUCUGACUAAGGCGGGGGCAGGAGAGGCAGCCAGAGGCCUGAGGCCUGGACUCACCGGAAGCCCCCAUUGGAAGUCCCGGAGAGCUGUGCCAAGCCCGCUUUCCAAAGAAGGGCCAAGCAGAAACUUCCCUGGGACCCCCCUCCUAACCAUUGGCCACAGCCCUGCCCUGCCUCCCAUUCAGCCAGUGUGCCAGAGGAUUGGGGGAGGGGGAAGCCCAGACCACCUGGGGGUGCGCCUCCCCCAUCCCCCCCUCAGUGCACCAUUGGGGGGCGCCGGCUGUGACACGGGCAGCCCCGGGGGCUUGUGGGGCAGGGAGUGGCCCUUUACAGAUGGCUGCUUCCUCCCCAGCCCACAUCCAGCCAAGGUCAGUGGAAAAGGAUGGGCACAGGCCCUGGGGGGCUGGGCGGGGCUGUUAGCUUGGCUUCUCCCGCCUGCUCCGGGGCUGCGGAGCCCGCUGUGGCCUCAGCCUCCUAACGGGCUAAUAAUACUGCUAGAGGCCCGGACAGGAGGCUGCUGCUUCGGCAGGGUAGAUGCCCCCAUUUGGCAGUGACCCGUCAGGCCAGAGCAUGCGCAUCCAGGGGUGGGAGAGGGAGUGCCAAGGUAGGGACAGAUGCGGGCUUGGUGCAUCAGGGGAGGGGCUACACCACGGGGUGGGGGAGGGGCGCAGAUGCACGGAAUCCUGCAGGGAGGCGGUUUGCAUCCCUGAGGUGGGGGAGGGGGUUCCGGUGCAGUGGAUGAUGCAAGGCUGGUGCAUCCCCGUGGUGUGUGUGUUGUGGGGGGAUGGGGAGGAAGUGUUGGACUCUUCCCACAGCCCCGCCCGCAGGGCGAGGACCAAUUGGGCCAAAUUCUUUGGACCACUGGGGAUUAGAGGCUCCCAGAGGAGGCCCGCUCAAAGGCAUUCAGGACCAUCUGUCCUUCUUCUAGGACUCCAGGAGCCUGGUUACGAACACUCGUAGCAGGUUGACCCGGGGAGCCAACAGACUAGAUAGAUGGUACUUCAAAAGAACUACAAAUCCCAGGCGAGCGAGAGGAGCGCAUGCGUAGUGGCCCCCUAGCCCAGACCAACCAUGCGUCUAAGACAACCAGGCUUUCAGACUGGGGAAAAUAAUUCGCAAGUGAGCACGCCAGCCGACCCGAAGGAUGGAGUGAGGAAGAACUACAAAUCUAAAUGAACCACGGCGUCCGCCAAUGGGAAAGUGCGCGUGCGCAAUAAUACGACCCGCGACCGGGUGGAGCCUAACCAUUUAGGUGGUCUCAAAACAGAGCGGAAUCUGGACCGCGCAUGCGCGCCAGAGUGCCCUGAAGGCCGCUGGAACUACCGGCCCCAGAAGUCCUCGGGGCAGUCAAUCAAGUUAGCGCAUGCGUAGUGACGCACGAGGGAGGCAGUUUGUGUGCGCGGCCGCUGCUGCUCAAGCUUGGCUGCCUCGCGCCGGGGCCUCUGGGAGGCGGCCCUCCCUCUCCGGCCUUCCCGGAACUCCCACCUUCCAGGCAUCUCUCGCCUCAGGGCCUCCCGCUUCCUAUCCCUCGGGGGCCGUAGGUGCCAUGGUGGGCUCCCCCCUGGACAUGGCCCCGGCCCCGACCACCGAGGGGCCCCGAGAGCCACCGGCGCCCCCCGCGGCGGCCCCCCCGGCCGCGGCGGCCCAGUAUGAGUGCGGCGAGUGCGGCAAGUCCUUCAAGUGGUCGUCGCGGCUGCUGCACCACCAGCGGACGCACACGGGCGAGCGGCCCUACAAGUGCCCCGACUGCCCCAAGGCCUUCAAGGGCUCGUCGGCCCUCCUGUACCACCAGCGCGGGCACACGGGCGAGCGGCCCUACCCGUGCCCCGACUGCGGCAAGGCCUUCAAGCGCUCGUCGCUGCUGCAGAUCCACCGCAGCGUGCACACGGGCCUGCGGGCCUUCACGUGCGCCCAGUGCGGCCUGGCCUUCAAGUGGUCGUCGCACUACCAGUACCACCUGCGGCAGCACACGGGCGAGCGGCCCUACCCGUGCCCCGACUGCCCCAAGGCCUUCAAGAACUCGUCGAGCCUGCGCCGCCACCGGCACGUGCACACGGGCGAGCGGCCCUACCCGUGCGGGGUGUGCGGCAAGAGCUUCACGCAGAGCACCAACCUGCGGCAGCACCAGCGCGUGCACACCGGCGAGCGGCCCUUCCGCUGCCCGGCCUGCCCCAAGACCUUCACGCACUCGUCCAACCUGCUGCUGCACCAGCGCACCCACGGCGCCGCCGCCGCGCCCGGGGCCGGCUCCAGCCACCGCUGCGAGCCCUGCGGGAAGGUCUUCGCCUCUGACGCCUACCUGCAGCGCCACCUGCAGACGCACGCCCCCGCGGCCCCCGCCCCGGCGCCCGCCGCGCCCCCCGAGGACCCGCCGCCCCCGCCCCCGCCCCCGCCCGUGGUGCCCGAGCUCUUCCUGGCCGCCGCCGAGACCACGGUGGAGCUGGUGUACCGCUGCGGGGGCUGCGAGCUGGCCUUCGCCAGCGAGAGCCUGCUCCUGGAGCACCAGCCCUGCCCGGGCCCCGGCCUCGAGGCGGCCGCCCAGCCCGCCGCCUUCACCUGCUCGCCCUGCGGCAAAGCCUUCAAGACGGCGGCCGGCCUGACCCGCCACCAGCAGAGCCACGGGCCCGCCGGCGCCCCGGCCUACCGCUGCGGCGGCUGCGACCGGGCCUUCCCCCAGCUGGCCAGCCUCCUGGCCCACCAGUGGGCCCACACGGAGGAGGCGCUGCCACAGGCCGAGGCCGCCGAGGUCACGUGCCCCCAGGAGGCCCCGGCCCCGGGCCCCGCCGCCCCCGCCCCGCCGGGGGACCGGCCCUACAAGUGCGCCGAGUGCGGCAAGGCCUUCAAGGGCUCGUCGGGCCUGCGCUAUCACAUGCGGGACCACACCGGCGAGCGGCCCUACCCCUGCGGGGAGUGCGGCAAGGCCUUCAAGCGCUCGUCCCUGCUGGCCAUCCACCAGCGCGUGCACACGGGCCUGCGGGCCUUCCGGUGCGCCCAGUGCGGCCUCACCUUCAAGUGGUCGUCGCACUACCAGUACCACCUGCGCCUGCACUCGGGCGAGCGGCCCUACCCCUGCGCCGAGUGCGGCAAGGCCUUCCGCAACACGUCCUGCCUGAGGCGCCACCGGCACGUGCACACGGGCGAGCGGCCCCACGCCUGCGGGGUCUGCGGCAAGAGCUUCGCCCAGACGUCCAACCUGCGGCAGCACCAGCGCGUGCACACCGGCGAGCGGCCCUUCCGCUGCCCGGCCUGCCCCAAGACCUUCACCCACUCAUCCAACCUGCUGCUGCACCAGCGCACCCAUUCCGCCGAGCGGCCCUUCGCCUGCACCGUGUGCGGCCGAGGCUUCGUCAUGGCCGCCUACCUCCAGCGGCACCUCCGGACUCACGCCCCUGCGGCCCCGGCCCCCACCCCGGCGCCCGCCGCCGCCACCACCCAGGACGUCCACGUGGUCCCCCACCUUCAGGCCACGCUGUCCCUGGAGGCCGGGCCCAGCCCCGCCAACUCUCAGACCUUCCUCCUGGUCCAGACGGCCCAGGGCCUCCAGCUCAUCCCCAGCAGCGUCCAGCCCCCGGCCCCCACACCGCCCCCUUCCACUCCCCCAGCACCCCCCAAGCUCAUCCUGCUGCCGGCCUCAGGAGCCCGGAAGAGCCCAAAGGAUGGUGGGAGGGCAGGCCAGGGGCCCGGGAUGGUCUGGCUCCCAGCGCCCGGGGCAGUCUCGGGGCAGGGAGGAGGGCCGGGCCUAGCUGGAGGGGGAGGGCAGAGCCUCAUUGUCCUCCAGAGUGUGGGGGGUGGAGAGGUGGGGCCCCAGGAGACCAGAGGAGUCCGGCUCCAGUCUCUGCAGCCGGCACAGGAAGUGACCACUGUCCAGCUCCAGCCUCUGCAGCCGGCGCAGGAAGUGACCACAGUUCAACUACAGCCUCUGCAGCCAGCGCAGGAAGUGACCACGGUUCAACUACAGCCCCUGCAGCCGGCGCAGGAAGUGACCACGGUCCAGCUCCAGCCCCUCCAGUCGGCACAGGAAGUGACCACGGUCCAACUCCGGCCAGCCCAGGAAGUCACCACGGUCCAGUUGCAGCCCCUGCAGCCAUCACAGGAAGUCACCACUGUUCAGCUUCAGCCCUUGCCCCCCACUCCUGAUGUUUCCCUGCAGCUCCAACCCGUGUCCAGUCCCCUGGCCAGCCCCGGGGGGUCCGGUGGGCCAGCAGAGGCUCAGAAUCUGCUGGUGGUGCAGGGAGGGGCUGGUGAGGAACUGCUGGCCACCCCUGGGCCCAGUGGGGAUGUGGGGUCUGGGGAGGGCGAUGGGGGCGGCGGGGGAGCCGUGGUCCAGGAUGUGCAUUUUGAGACCUUACAGACAGCGGAGGGCUUGCAGAGCGUCCUGGUCCUGAGCGGGGCCGACGGGGAGCAGACCAGGCUUUGUGUGCAGGGGGUCGAGACCCUCUCUCCGGGGCUGGCUGAAUCGCCUGCUCCCGGCACACAGGCUCAGAAACUUCUCAUUAUCCGCAGUGCCCCGGCCGCCCCUGCAGACCUCGUAGAGAACGUGCCCGCAGCGCCACUGCAGCUGUUGGCUCCUCCCAGCCCAGCCCCUGUGCCCGCUGGGGCUCCCCCGGGGCCUAGUCCACAGGUGGUACAGGUCGUCCCUGGGGCGGCAGCAGGGCCCGCUGGAGGGGCCGGCCAGCCUGCUUUGCCUUCUAUCCAUAUUGUACAGGCCCUGCCUGCUGUGCAGCUGGUCCACACCUUCUGAGUGAGGCCCUUAGACCCACCGGGAGGCAGGCCGGCCAGGGCAGACUCCGAGGGCGAGGGGCUGGACUCUCCCUCGUGCCUCGGCCGAAUAAACGAGCCGGGGGCCACGUUUACCAAUAAAAAAAUGGUAUCUCCUCUG